UAUUUUAACUGAAUCAAUCUUGUAAAAUCCAUAAAUAAAAAUCCAGUCUUUCUUUUGGUAGUUUUAAUUCAAAUUACAAACUGGAUGAAUUUUGGAAUUCUUGAAAACCCCAUAUGAGAAUCCAAUCUUGUUCUUUGUUUGCUGUUUGAUGGCUUCAUCAUCUUUCAACAGUAAUCUGAAAGGGUUCAUUCUUGGGGUUGUAUCUGGUAUCUUUAUUGGGUCCAGCUUUAUUAUCAAGAAAAUUGGCUUACAGCGUGCUGCUGCAUCCGGCACUCGAGCUAGUUCUGGUGGAUAUGGAUAUUUGUCAGAGCCACUCUGGUGGGUUGGAAUGAUUACUAUGAUUGUUGGAGAAUUUGCUAAUUUUGUGGCUUAUAUCUUUGCUCCUGCUGUUCUUGUAACUCCACUUGGGGCAAUUAGCAUAAUUGUUAGUGCUGUUUUAGCACACUUCUUCUUAAAGGAGAAAAUGAAGAAAUUGGGUGUGGUGGGGUGUCUUCUGUGUAUAAUAGGGUCUACGUUGAUUGUGCUACAUGCCCCUGGUGAGCACAGCCUGUUUUCGGUUGAUGAGAUAUGGGGAUUAGCUACGCAGCCAGCUUUUCUUUUGUACAUGACGUCUGCAGUAGCUGUAGUCUUGGUCCUGAUCUUGUAUUGUGAACCCAGAUAUGCACAGACGAACAUGAUGGUUUAUAUUGGCAUAUGCUCAGUAUUUGGUUCUGUGACGGUUAUGAGUAUCAAGGCUAUAGGAAUUGCAAUAAAACUAACAAUAGAAGGUUCAAGUCAGGUGGCACACUUUCAGACAUGGGUUUUUGUAACGGUUUCAGUUAGUUGUAUAAUCAUUCAGCUGAAUUAUUUGAACAAGGCUCUCGACACGUUCAACACAGCAGUUGUUUCUACAAUCUACUAUGCUAUGUUUACAUCAUUAACAAUUCUUGCCAGUGCCAUUAUGUUCAAGGACUGGUCUGGCCAGAGUGCCGGCAGCAUUGCAUCUGCACUCUGUGGAUUUAUAACUGUUCUGUCUGGCACUAUAGUGUUGCACAGUACAAGAGAUCGAGUUCCACCUUUGACAGAUAUGUAUGCAUUAAAUUCUCCUCAAGUAUCAUGGCUAUACAUACAUGGGGACACUUGGAAGGAGAAAGCCGACUAUGAGCUAUCUCCGGAUUUGACUGCCGCUCUCAAACAAGAUCACUUCAAAUAGUACGAAAGAUGCCCGGAUCUGUUUGUGUUAUCUCUACAGCUCCUAAAAAGAGCAAAAUUGUCGGUGCGUCUAAUUUCUUAAGACGUUCAAUGUAUUGGCCAGCAUCUUCAUGGUAAUGAUCUCUAUUUCUCCAUCGUCUUCUGUUAGCACCUGGCUUCAACUUCAUGUAGCUGUAAUUGUAUAGCUCUCAUCUGUUUCCAAUGUACAAAGUCUGCCUACCAUCGUCAGAAACUAUAAGAAUUUUAUUUUUGAGGUAAACCGUAUUUUUUUUUACUCUUUUAAUUCUUUCCGGUUACAACUCGCUUGGUGCUUUCAUUUUUGUGUCGCUGAUCUGAGGUGUAAAAGGAAGCCAUUUUUGUAAUCCUUUAUGAUACAUUAGUUUUUGCAUUGUGCAGUGGACUCCUAAGUCUUAACAUUUUCAGGAUUGUAUCAAUUCGACAUUUUUGGACAUGUACAUGUAUGGACAGUGUGCUCUAAUAUUUGAUACAAUUAUGAAUAAUAUAGACAAUACUAUAAUA